UCAUAUUUUAUCUUUUCCUAUAUCCUCCCAUUAUUUGUCUGCACUUUACACGAGCCCCUGUGUACUGGACAUAUCUACCAAAAUGAAUGAAUGAAUGAUGACUGUUAGUUGAUUCUGACACUUCACCAAAAAAAAAAAAAAAGCUUCAAUAUUUAGCCAUCUCUGUGAAAUCUAAGGCCAACCCAUUUCACUUCACUUGUUAUUCUUGUCAUACACGCAGAGUAUCGCUGUGUUUUUCUCUUUUUGUGCUCUGUUGAGUGCUAUUAUGCUGUACUACUAGUGUUCGACAUUAUUCUUAUUUGGGUUGUGAGUAUAUGACUCGGCAGUGAAGUUGUGAAGGUUAAUCAUCUAAUGGACUUCAGAAACUUGUUAAUCUUUCUUGCAUUAUGCCCUGCAUUUUCAGCGCAAACAAUUAAAGAUACAGAACUAAUGAUUGAUGCAUCUGUGAAAAUUGCACAAACAGAUGCUAAUUACAUUUGUGCUACCAUUGAUUGGUGGCCAAAAGAGAAGUGUAAUUACAAGCAGUGUCCUUGGGGCUUGGCAUCUAUUAUACAUCUGGAUUUAUCUCAUCCAUUUCUGGAAAAUGCUAUACGAGCUUUCAAGGGUUUGAGAUUACGGCUCGGAGGUUCUUUACAAGACCAAGUAAUAUAUGGUGUAGGCAACUUAAAAUCUCCUUGCCAUCCAUUCACCAAGCAGAAGGAUGGUUUGUUUGGAUUUUCUAAAGGAUGUUUACAUAUGCAUAGAUGGGAUGAGCUAAACGGCCUUUUCAAGAAGACAGGAGCACUUGUGACUUUUGGCUUGAAUGCACUGUAUGGGAGACGACGGACCAAUAGGCAUGUGUGGGUAGGAAAUUGGGAUGCCAGUAACGCCCUUGACUUCAUAAGAUACACUGUUGCCAAGGGCUACCAGAUACACUCAUGGGAACUUGGAAAUGAAUUGAGUGGUAAUGGGAUUGGUGCGAGUGUUAAUGCUGUACAGUACGGAAAAGAUGUUAUCCAUCUGCACAAUCUCAUAAACCAAGUAUAUAAGAAUUUUCACGGACGUCCUCUACUAUUAGCACCAGGAGGAUUCUAUGGGGCUGAGUGGUUCAGCAAGCUCCUGAAGGUUUCAGGACCUGGCACUGUCAAUGCCUUAACGCAUCAUAUUUAUAAUCUUGGCCCGGGGUCCGAUCACAAGCUUGUGGAUAAAAUUUUAAAUCCUGAAUACCUGAAUAAAAUAUCAGAUACAUACCGCAGUCUUACUCAAACCAUUGAAAGGAAUGGUCCUUGGGCUUCAGCUUGGGUUGGAGAAUCUGGUGGAGCCUACAACAGUGGAGGUCCUAAUGUGUCUAAUGCCUUCGUAGAUAGUUUUUGGUACUUAGAUCAGCUCGGGAUGGCAGCCAAGCACCAUACUAAAGUAUACUGCAGGCAGACUCUUAUUGGUGGAAAUUAUGGGCUCCUUGAUACCAAAACGUUUGUUCCAAAUCCUGAUUAUUAUAGUGCACUUCUUUGGAAUAAACUGAUGGGAAAAGAAGUUCUUGAUGUUAGCAGCAAAGGAUCACCACAUUUGCGCUCUUAUGCCCAUUGUACAAAAGAUAGAGCAGGUGUGACUUUACUUCUGAUCAAUUUAAGCAACCAGAUCCACUAUGGGGUCAACAUCCAAUCUAGUGCAGGUGAGAAAAAAAACCCAACGAAAAAGUCAUUCGUGCACGGUCUUAAGGAAAGUGUUUCGUGGCUAGGAAGCAGAUCAUCAGAUGUUACAUUGUUGCGAGAAGAGUACCAUCUAACUCCAGAAGGUGGCAGCAUUAAAAGCAGAAGAAUGCUCCUCAAUGGGAAAUUAUUGCAACUUACAGAAAGAGGAGACAUUCCAAGUUUGUCUCCAGUGCUUAAAAGUUUAAAAUCUCCAAUAUCUAUUGCACCAUUGUCCAUCAAGUUCAUUGUAUUCCCCAAUUUUAAUUCUCCCAGUUGUAGCUAAGUGGAGUAUUACUGAGAGGUGAGAGCUCGCAUUAUAAUCAGCAUAAUAUAGAUUCAUCAUUCAUGCACUAUAAUUUGAAUACAAUAAUACCAGCCCCUUGUAGUCGAUUAUAGUUUCACGUGGAAUCAACUCAUUAAAGUAUCAAUAGAUUAGUUCAAUUUUUUUUCUUCA